AUGCUUGGCAUCUGUAAAAAGGCCACAAUAUCCAAGGAUGGCACUAUUGUUCUUGAUGGUGUUGCUGAUAAGAAGGCCUUACAGGAAAGAUGUGAACAGACACCAAUUCAUACAAUUGCCUCCAAUGCCGGCGUAGAGGGGGCUGUUGUUGUUGGCAAGCCGUUGGAGCAGGAUGACCCUGAUCACGGUUACGAUGCAACCAAAGGUGAAUAUGUUGAUAUGGUUAAAACCGGAAUAAUCGACCCACUAAAAGUAAUAAGAACAUCCUUGGUUGAUGCAGCAAGUGCAUGCAGUGUGGCAUCUCUAAUGACAACCACUGAAGCUGUUGGGGUUGAAAUAUCGAAGGAAGCUCUAGCAAUGGGUGGUGGCAUGGAUUAUUGA